AUGGCGUGGUCCAUGCGCAUCCCGCCGUCGACGCCUCGGUACCGUUGCCGGGACCUGCUCUUCGCCUCGAUGGGCACGGCGGCCUUCCUGGUCGACCUGGCCGCCGACGCGUGGGUCGCCGCCAGCUACCUGCGGGCCGGGCAUGACUCGUGGGGCGGCCUGGUGCUGGCCCUCCUGGGCCUCUCCUCGCUGGCCACGCAGCUCUUCAGCUGGGCCUGGUACCGGAGCGACCCGAAGGAGCUGCGCCGGGACCCGCUCGGGGACCAGACCCUGCUCGCGCUACAUCUCCUGCAGCUGGGGUACCUGUACAGGUGUCUCCAUGUCCUGAAGGUUGGUUUUAAGGUGUGCCGGAAUGAAGCUGCAACAGAGGUCGAGCGGGGCUACGCCGUUUUCCUCUCCCACGACAUCAGCUUGCUGCGCCUGUUCGAGACCUUCUUGGAAAGCGCCCCACAGCUCACCCUCGGGGUCUACAUUAUCCUACACACGGGUAAAGCAGAGACGUUUCAGAUGCUCGGAAUUUGCACCUCUUUUGUAUGCAUCGCCUGGGCCCUUCUGGAUUACCACCAGUCCCUGCGCACCUUCCUACGGGAAAAGCACAAACUGGGCCUCCUUUCCUCGGCCAUCUACUUCCUGUGGAACUUCCUGUUGGUGUGCCCCCGCAUCCUGUCCCUGGCCCUCUUCACCGCCCUCUUCCCCAGCUACAUUUUCCUGCACUUCCUGGGCGUCUGGUUGGCCAUGUUCCUCUGGGUUUCGCUGCAGGGCACGGACUUCAUGGAGCAUGCUGGCUUUGAGUGGCUUUAUCGGGCGGUAGUGGCCGUCAUCCUCUAUUUCUGCUGGUUCAACAUAGCCGAGGGGAAGACACGCUACCGCUGCGCCAUUUACUACACGUUCCUGGCGCUGGACAGUGCUCUCCUCACCUUCUUCUGGGUCUGGUACAACCGUCCAUUAAGCUGGGACUCCCCUGUGCAGUACGCUCUCCUCGCCGCCGUGCCCUGCUACAUCCUCGGAAUCCUUCUGCGAUGUAUCUACUAUCAAAGUUGUCACCCCACGCGGCAGGCUGUGCCCCCUGCCGCUUAUGAUGAAGUAGACGUCAGAGGACUAGCAGGCGAAGAUGUGGCUGUUUUCCAGCAAGAGCUGGUUGUAGGCCUCGUCAACCAGCGGACGUACAAACUCUCACAAUACUUCUUUGCUGGCCUCUCGCGGGACUUUGAGCCCAGCUGCCUACAGGUGCCCCCAGAGACACUAGCUUGA